AUGUCCUCCACCGUCGACGUCGCCGCCUCGCUGCCGGCGGCGCUGCGGGCGUUUCGCCUGUCCAAGAGCUCGUCGCAAGGCGCGGCGCUGAUUGUCAAGAUCGACAAGAAACGGCUGCUUCUCGAAAAAGAGGACGAAUUCGAUGCGAUUUCGCUGGACGAGCUGCAAGAAGAGCUGCCUGAGCACUCGCCGCGCUUUGUUCUUCUAUCGUACGCGAGGCAGCAUGAAGACGGCCGCACGUCGUACCCGCUCGUGCUGGUGUACUGGGCGCCUGCUACGGCGAGCAUGGAGCUCUCUACCCUGUACACGUCUGCCCUGCCUACGAUCAGUGCGCAUGCAGAUAUCGGCAAAGUCAUAGACGUGCGUGACGGCACACUCUCGAUCGACGUGCUGGAAGAGCGUCUCGGUCGUCGCUGA